AUGCCUUGCUUAACUUAUUUCCAGGACCUCUUCAUACAAAGUUUGCAGUCUGUGGGUUUAUAUGGUGAAAGCCUUCAAAAGCUGCUUGAGGAUAUUCGGGGGCAUUCUGUUCCAUCUGAUGAAGUUAUAUCUGAAGACUUCAAUCUUCCAGGGUUAGCCGAACUUAAAGGCCGCUGGUGUGGCUCUCUAGAUGCAAGUGGUGGAGGCAAUGGAGACACAAUGGCAGAUUUUGACUUUCAUGGGGAGGAAUGGGAAUGGGGAACAUACAAAACUCAACGUGUUCUAGCAGCUGGUGCUUACAGCAAUGAUGAUGGUUUGCGCCUUGAGAAAAUUUUUAUCCAGAAGGAUAAUGCCACAAUCCAUGCAGAUGGGACUUUAUUUGGGCCAAAAACCAAUUUGCAUUUUGCUGUUCUGAAUUUUCCUGUUAGUCUAGUCCCUACUUUGGUUCAGGUUAUCGAAACUUCAGCCACUGAUGCUGUUCAUUCUUUGCGGCAAUUUUUAGCACCAAUAAAGGGGAUACUGCACAUGGAAGGGGAUCUUAGAGGAAGCCUUGCUAAACCUGAAUGUGAUGUGCAAGUAAGGCUCCUGGAUGGUGCAAUGGGGGGCAUUGAUCUUGGGCGAGCUGAAAUUGUUGCCUCCCUAACCUCAACCAGUCGUUUUCUGUUCAAUGCAAAGUUUGAACCCAUUAUCCAAAAUGGCCAUGUUCACAUUCAAGGAAGUAUACCUGUAACCUUUGCCGAAAACAACAUUUUGGAUGGAGAAAAUGUGGAAAGAGACAAAAGUGAAGCAACUUGGAUUCGUGGUUGGGGCAAGGAGAGGAGUAAAGAGUCUGCAGAUGAAGCUAGUGAUAAGAAAUCCUUCAGAGAAAGAACUGAAGAAGACUGGAAUACUCGGUUGGCAGAAAGCCUCAAAGAUUUGAACUGGAACAUAUUGGAUGUAGGAGAAGUUAGGAUUGAUGCUGAUAUUAAAGAUGGGGGCAUGAUGUUGUUAACAGCUUUAUCUCCUUAUGCCAACUGGCUCCAUGGCAAUGCUGAAGUUAUGCUCCAGGUUAGAGGUACAGUUGAGCAACCAGUGCUUGAUGGAUCUGCAUCUUUCCACAGGGCAACGAUAUCUUCUCCUGUACUCCGUAAACCACUCACAAAUUUCGGUGGCACAGUUCUCGUGAAUUCGAAUAGGUUAUGCAUUAGUUCUUUGGAGAGUAGAGUAAGUAGAAAGGGUAAACUCUCCUUGAAAGGAAACCUGCCCCUCAGAACCAGUGAAGCAUCCCUUGGCGAUAAAAUUGACUUGAAAUGUGAAGUACUGGAAGUGCGGGCAAAGAAUAUUUUAAGCGGUCAGGUUGAUACUCAGUUGCAAUUAACUGGUUCCAUAUUGCAACCAAACAUUUCUGGCAAGAUUAAGUUGAGCCAUGGAGAAGCAUAUUUACCACAUGAUAAGGGUGGUGGAACUGCUCCUUUUAAUAGAGACGGAUCAAAUCAAUCGAAGCUUCCAAGUGGCGGUUACAAUCAAGCGGUUGCUUCAAAAUAUGUCUCACGUUUUCUCAAUUUAAAGCCUGCUGCUUCAAGAGCUACAUUUCUACAACCAUCAGGUACCUACCUUGUACCAUAA